AUGGACCAUCAGAGUGUACAGUUAGGUGGAGCUGGCAACAGGCCUGCUGCUGGAGACCCCGGGCCCGAAGUCCCCUCGUGUCAAGGAUGUCGGCGGCGAAAGCUCCGCUGUUCCAGAGACAAGCCAAUGUGUAAUCAUUGCCAAAGAUUGGACUCGCCUUGUGUAUACGACACGAAAAAGAACAAACCGGGGAUCAAGGCUGGUGUCAUAGAAGGCUUGAACCGCCGAGUUGAGGCUCUGGAGAGCACGGUAUUUGACAACGCGCAACCUCCCAAUCCAGCUCCUUCAUCCGAGUCUUCGCAAAUUAUUGGAGCCUUCUCCAGUCUCAUUCAGGAACUUCGAGGCUUGGUUCACAACUCGGCGGGCUCGUUGUCAUUGCCGCCCGCCCAGUCAUCAAUAGCCCAAGCACAACACGCAACACCGGGAUCUGUAGCUCUCUCAUCCCCAAAUGAUGUCCAACAUCAACCGCGAAAGAGACGAAGAGUGGACAGCUGUGGCAACCCGAACAUAGAACUAGUCAGCCAGCUCAAUGAGUUGGGAAGCACUUCAAGCCAAUUACCCCCUGCUGAACUCCUCGAAGAAGUCAUCAACGCGUACUUCAUCCUGGUUCAACCAUGGAUACCCAUUCUACACGAAACACGGUUCAGGGGCCGCUUCUACAGCCAUGAGCAACUGCCCUGCCUCACUGUGCUACUGCAUGCAAUAGUAGUCGCUGCCAUUCGCUUUGUCGAUACAGAGAAUGGGAAGAUGUCUGAAAAAGAGCUAGAGACAUGGACCUCUAGAUCUAGAAGCAUAGUACUUUUGUCAGCUAUGGACGGCAUGUCGGUCGAGAACCUACAAGCCCUGAGCAUCAUAGCGUUCACAGAUAUGGGUAAUGGAGACAUGUCCAGAGCUUGGCCUAUCAUAGGCUCACUUACAAGGACUGUUGAGUAUCUUCAACUCAGCGUUGAAACAGACGACCGACAACAGGGACCCUUGCUAAAACCCCUGACCUCUUUGUCACCAUCGCAGAACUGGACUCAAGAGGAGGAGCGGAGGAGAGUAUUCUGGAGCAUCUUCAACCUUGACAGGCUUUGCUCUGUGAUGACUGGAUGGAACACUAGCUUGACAUCCGACGAUGUUCGCAGACGAUUACCAGCAGAUGGGGGCCUAUGGCACAAAGAAGAAACAGUACUGACUCCCUACUUUGGUAUCUGGGAUCGCUCAGCCGCAAAGAUGGGGAAUUCGAUUGUCUUCCUUCCAGCACACUACCCCAGUCCUGACCAAGUCGCGGAAGCGCCACCUGAGACACCAUCGACGAACACGACAGCACCCAAGGGCAAUGACACAGUGGAUAUGACAACUGUCGGGGCGUUCGCUUAUUGCAUCGAGGCGACAGAGUCUUUGAGUCGAGUUACUACUUACUUUCUUCAGCAGAGAAUUAACUUCAGGGAUCGUCAAGAAGUCGGUAAUUGGCUUACCAGAUUUAAGGAGCUGGAUCUACGCCUUGUCCACUGGAAGAUGUUUCUCCCUCAGAAAUGGAAAGACUCCAACAUCUCGCGGAGGCCAACCAUUAUCAACAUGGAUCCAAACCUGACAUUGGCCCAUAUCACUCACAACACCUCUAUGAUCUUACUGCAUCAGCAGAUCGCGUAUCCAUCACCUCAAUGGACCAGUAUUGUACGGAUGCCCAGUGCCCAUAGCGCAGAGACAUGUCAAAUCGCUGCGGCGGAGACGGCAACAAUUACGCGCAAGUAUCUCAAGUACACACCAGAAAACAGCCCUGUUAAUAGCCAGUUCGCUUUCUGUGUGUUUGUCAGUGCUCGCGCAUUGCUUGUGCACUGGAGAUUUUACAAGACUGAUCUAGCCCCUGAGUUCUGGGUUCUAGUCGAAAGUCUCGAUGACUUUUCUAAGAGAUGGGCGGGCCCUUUGUCCCAAUCGAAAUCCAAAUCCUCCUUGCCCGGGAAGUAUAGCGCUCAACUACGCGCGCUUCACAGGAAAUGCGCGGAGGAUCCGGAUUAUUCUCCAGAUGUCGUUGGAUACUCGACCGAUGGUUUUGUUACGCAGACACCCAGUUACCUCCGCGAAGGACAAAGUGACAAUCAGCACAGCAGCCAAGCUCAAGCCGGAGUAGCAUCCAGCGCGUUGCAGAACUCGUUUGAUAGCGGGUCCCGGAGAUCUAUUCUCAAUCCUGGUCCUCCAGGUAGUCAUCUCAACUUCCUUCCCCAGAUAUCUCCUACCAAUCCCGGAGUAGAGCACAAUUCACCAGAUGAGCUAUCAGCGAUCUCGACGGUUCUUAUGGAUCAGGAUUUCAUGCAGUUGGAUCGAGUCAUCAGCUUCGAUGACAUGAUGUUUACGGCUCAGACGAUUGACGAUCAAGGGGGGCCUUUCUCCAUGAAUAACUGGACAUUGGGAUAA